GUUUCAUCCCAGCUGGUUUCCCGAGCACAUAUAAAGGAAGAAAGCCCGUCGUCGUCCGCCCUGCCCUGCCCCCCAUUCCCCAUUCCCCAUUCCCCAUUCCCCAUUCCCUAUUCGACGAGCGGCGUGAAAUUUUCGAAGCCCUCGCCGAACAGACAGAUCGAGAUCGCGGAGAGAAGGAUCGGAGGCGAUGGUGAGCGCGUACUUCGUGUUCGGCGCGUGCAUCGACCAGGCGAGCGUCGGGGUGGUGGAGAAGUGGGGCCGCUUCCUCCGCCUCGCGUCCCCCGGCCUGAACUUCUUCAACCCCUUCGCCGGGGAGUGCCUCGCCGGCGUUCUCUCCACCCGCGUCUGCUCCCUCGAAGUCCGCGUCGAGACCAAGACCAAGGAUAAUGUGUUUGUUCAGCUUCUCUGCUCAAUUCAGUAUCGAAUUGUCAAAGAAAGUGCUGAUGACGCAUUCUAUGAGUUGCAAAAUCCCCAAGAACAAAUUCAGGCAUAUGUAUUUGAUGUGGUCCGAGCACUUGUUCCGAGAAUGAAUCUGGAUGAGCUCUUUGAGCAGAAAGGAGAAGUGGCAAAAGCUGUUCUUGAGGAACUUGAAAAGGUGAUGGGAGCAUAUGGCUAUAACAUUGAGCAGAUACUCAUAAUUGAUGUCAUACCUGAUCCCUCGGUGCGUAAAGCAAUGAAUGAGAUAAAUGCAGCCCAAAGGCUUCAGCUCGCUAGUGUUUACAAGGGAGAAGCCGAGAAGGUUCUUCUGGUGAAGAAAGCCGAAGCAGAAGCAGAGGCGAAGUAUCUGGCUGGUGUUGGAGUGGCGAAGCAGCGCCAGGCCAUAACCGACGGCCUGAGAGAGAACAUCGUCAACUUCUCACACUCUGUGUCUGGAACGAGCGCCAAGGAGGUGAUGGAUCUGAUUAUGGUCACGCAGUACUUCGACACCCUGAAGGAUCUUGGCAACUCGUCUCAGAAUACCACCGUAUUCAUCCCCCACGGUCCCGGUCACGUGAGGGAUGUCACCGAGCAAGUUCGGAAUGGGAUGAUGGAGGCCGCCAGCACCAACUUGAUCGAUCAGUAGAAGGGUCUGGUCUGACUCUUUCCUUUUCUUUAGUGCUGAUGGCUUGUGGCCUUGCGGACACUGUUAAAGCUCUCUGAUCUUCACGGUAAUAAUGUUGAUAUAUUUGUGAGGUAGAUGUGGAUUAAAGUGAUCUACCAGUUUUUCUCGUCGGUCUUUAGUUUCGAGGUGUGUAUAUAUAUUGUAAUAAAGGGGAGUCUCUCUGGUUUACCAAUAGUUUGAAGAUUCUCUUUUCCUCUUUUUUUUUUCAUUACUUAUUUUCUGUUUCUGAAGUUUGUCAUACUUGUGUGAUUCUGUUAAAGUUUGAAUUAAGUUAUUUGAAAUUCUUUAGCCUGGAAUUUCUAAA